CUCCCUCCUCCCUCUCACCCAACCAGCCAGGAGCGGGGCGUGUGAUGGGGGCGGCGCAGCUGCAACAGCGGAAGUUCGCAGGUGAGCGAGCGGCGUGACAGCUCCUCACCCGCGGCUCUGAUGCCGGUGUGAAGCUCCCGGACGACGGCGAUGUAAUAUCAAAAGUGCUUGAAACACCAGCAGGUUGGGCAAUAUCUGUGGAAAGAGAAACAGAGUUAAUGUUUCAGAUCUGAGACCCAUCAUGGGAAAGAUAUAAUUCUGCCUUUAUUGCAGCCUCAUGUCUGGUCACCUCUAUGGUUUACCUCAAGGAAAUGAUUCUAUGAGCUCUCUUCGCAUAUCCAUUGGUGGUCUUCCUGUUAUAGCUUCCAUGACAAAAACAAGAGAUUCUCGUUUUCACCUGAAAUGGAAGGCUAUACUGCUAGCUUCUGUCACUCUCUUCAUAUUAUACAUGGUAUAUUUCCACAAGAGCACCCCAAAUAAUCCUCAGAUACGAAAUGUCCACAACUGGCAGAUGACUAAUUUUCCAAAGGACAGGUACAACGAUACCUACCCUCUUUCACCGCCACAGAAAACAGCGGAAGGCAUCCAAUACCGUAUCGGGCUAAUUGCUGACCUGGACACAAACUCAAAACCUAAAUCGAACAGUGACACUUGGGUCAGUUACUUCAAGAAAGGCUACUUGACUUUAUCAAACAGUGGGGACAAAGUGACUGUAGAAUGGGACAAAAAUGGUUCCGUUCUCAAAACGCACUUGUCAGAAAAAGGACGUGGCAUGGAAUUGUCGGAGCUAAUAGCAUUUAAUGGAAAGCUGUACACCGUGGACGACAGGACAGGAGUAGUUUAUGAUAUUGAUGGGGACAAGGCUGUCCCAUGGGUAAUCCUAUCUGAUGGUGACGGGACUGUUGAGAAAGGCUUCAAAGCUGAAUGGUUGGCAGUAAAAGAUGAGCGCCUUUAUGUAGGUGGACUGGGUAAAGAAUGGACAACAACCACAGGCGAGGUAGUCAAUGAAAAUCCAGAGUGGGUGAAGGUUAUUGGCUACAAAGGUGAUGUUAAUCAUGAAAACUGGGUGCCUCACUACAAUGCCCUCCGCACAGCGGCUGGAAUCAGCUCUCCAGGAUAUCUUAUUCACGAAUCUGCUGCCUGGAGCGAUCGGCUGCAACGCUGGUUCUUUCUGCCACGGAGAGCCAGCAAUGAACGCUACAAUGAGAAAGAUGAUGAACACAGAGGAACAAACCUCAUUAUUAAAUGUACCCAAGAUUUUAAAGAAGUCGCGGUGAGCAAGAUUGGUGAGGUUAAUCCAACCCGUGGAUUCUCCUCCUUCAAGUUCAUUCCUGAUACCGACGACCAGAUCAUUGUGUCGCUGAAAUCUGAGGAAGAUAAUGGGAAAAUAGCUACUUAUAUUAUGGCUUUUACUUUAGAUGGACGCUUCCUUUUAGAAGAAACGAAAGUGGCUGACGUUAAAUAUGAAGGGUUAGAAUUCAUAUAAGCUUCCUCCUGAUCAAAAAGUAUGGAUGAAAGUUCUUCUGCUUCCAAGAAAAUUCAGAAAGAUUGGUUUCCAAGAAUGGUUCUUGGUUGCUAUUAAUCUGAAGGUGUGUUCUUUUGUAAUGGGCUCUUUGAAGGAACUGAUUCUGAGGUAUUUCAAAAUUAUCACUUCUGCGCUCUCCUUCAAAGUUGAAGCUAUUUUUCAGAUUAUCGCGUCAUCAUUAAAAAUGUAUACCUGGGAUGUUUCUUUGUAUUUACGUGCCAUAAAGUCUGCAAAGGUGCCGAAAAAUGUACUUGUCCAUUCUCCUACAAACUCAAAUUAAUACUGGUUUGGUUUGUUGAUUUGUGGACUUGUUAACUUUAAACUUAAAUGAAGUUGCAUAUCUUGGAAUCAGAAAGAAAUGGUAAAAUUACUAGCUCACAUGUAUAGCGCGAUAUGAUUUGGUCAAUAUCAGUAACUGUUUUUAAAGGAACUCCCCCAGCAUGUUUUGUUACAUAUAUGUAUUUGUAUAUGGAAAAUGGGUAUCAGUGGCUCGGCCAAUAUUUGUUCCUUAUUCUUCAUAAAGCAUGCAGUACUUACCAGCUACUUUGACAAAGCUAUUCCACAAUUUUAAUGCAACAGCAAAUGAGGAAUGGCAAGACAUUUCCAAGUCUGUAUGUGUAACUUGAAGCUGGUAAUGUUCUCAUGAGCCUAGAGCCACUUCCAUUUGUGUGAUAGAUCAGGGGUGUGCUCUUGAAAUGCCUGAGUGGGUUGCUACAGUGUCAGUUGUAACUGAUGUUCCUGUAUCCGAGUAACAGAUGGAAUUAAGUAUAGGUGGUGGAUGGAGUGGUGAUCAACCGCACUGAUGCUUGCGGGAUAGUAUUGAGCUUCCAUUUUGUUGGAGCUGGAAUUAUCCAGGCAAAAUGGGGUGAAGGUCUAUUCGGGUGUAAAGCUGGUGGGAUUUGGAUGAAAGUUCUACUGCUUCCAAGAAUAUUCAGAAAGUUUGCUUUCCAAACAUGGUUCUUGGUUGCUAUUAAUCUGAAGGUGUGGUCAACCUGAACACGACCCAAUCCUGAGGUCUUGUUUUAUUUUUAAAUUCAUUCAUGGCCCAAUCAUCACUGUAAAUAUACUAAUUUCAAACAUGCAAUUGAAAUAGAGUGUGUGUUUAUUCCAGAUUUCCAAUUAAAACAUAAAUCAAGAAAGAGCAAAACUCAAAGAUGCAUUAAAAGGAAGUCUUCUGCAUUGUCAUGUUGGGGCGAAGAGGUAUAAUUUAAGAGCAACACACUUCUGCCAGUUCACCUUCCAGCCACGCUAAAAUUGCUCUCACUGCUGCCUGAAUGCUAAACAUAUUUCUAACCAACCUUGCCAAUUAGGGCUAUAUAACUCUGUAUCCAUUUUACCAACCCAACAUAUCCCACUCUGUCUCUGUUACUGUAAUGAUCCUUUGUGUGGAAUACUGCUGAAAUGUCUGCUCCCGUCCUUAAUAGAUAUUCUCCCACCCAGAAAAGUCAAGGCAUGUCGUGAACCCAACUGCUGUUUCGCAGGGUAUAUAAAUUUAGUCUGUGUACAUCAGAAUAUUUUAGCUAGACAACAUUUAGGACUGAUUCAAGGCAGGAUAACGGUCCAUUCGUAUUUAUGCCCACAAGAACAGCCCAUCACCUUCAUAAGUGGGGGAUGACAGACAGCCCUGCUUGCCAUCCCACACAUCGUGAAUGACUGCCCACUGAGGCUUUUCCUUGGGGGCAUCAAAGCCAUCCACCUGGACUGGGCGUCUACCCUUGGUAUACAACUUUAGGCUGUGCACGCCAUACGCAAAAGAAGAAGUUCCAUUCUUGUCAGGUCACUCCCGCUUUCUUUGCGGGCCAUUCACUGGGCCACUGUCCGCCCAUAGUUUGUGGAGGUAUAUCAGAGGAAAGUGGUAUAUAAUUUUAUUUGUUUCUCAAUGCAUGGAAUUUCCAGGGUCAAUGUCGGAUACCCAUAUCCCUCAAGUUGUUCCCUGAGCUUCAUAAAAUGUUCAAGAAAUCCACAAACAUCUGCAAUGUCUCGUUAGUUAGCCACUCUGUAGUUCUGCCAUGCGAAUAAAUAUCUUUGACAGCUCCUGAUUGAUCUCCUGAAUUGGAUUGUAUCUUAGGCUGGAAGUUUUCCUAUGCUUUUGUAUCUUUUAUUGCCUCUGCAACAUCUUGUUGCCUCACAAGAUAAUAUAUUAUAGUGCCUGGGCAAGUAUGAUUUUUGCACUCUGAUCCGAUACCAGUUUAAGUUAGCUGGGUCAAAUUCAAAAGUAUUAACUAGCAGCUUUAAAAUCUGAUUCCUGAUGUUUUCAUGAGAUUUUCCAUUGGUGCUGUUGAGAAUUUGGCUGGGUUUAAACUCUGGUACAACAGGCAAGUCAUUGCCAAUUAAUAUAUUUAAUGGCAGAACAUCCUCGUGUCAGUUGUGUCCUUAACGCAGGAAACAAGACUUGCUAAAAUGUCUUUAUUUACAAAAUACUGAAUUAGGACACAACAUGUGUAUUGUGGGAGGGUCUCCACCGAAAACGUCAACUGUCCAUGUUCUCUGACGAUGCUGCCUGACCCAUUGUCAUUCUGCGAUUUUGUGUCUUUCCUUGGUAUACCAGUAUCUGCAGAUCCUUGUUUCUACAAUAUGUAUAUCCCGCUCAAACCCGACAAAUGUAGUCGGGCUCAAGUAGGGGACCCAGGCUUCAGUGGAAUAUAUUUCACCAUUGUUCUGGUCUAUGUUUUCUACUUAUUAUUAUGCAUUGGUGAAUAAGAACCUGAGGGACGUACUCUUACCUUCACAAAAUGUAAGUAGUAGAUGAAGUAAGACUUCUGCCAAAUAUCGGCCUACUUUUUCCCUUACUUUCCCUUCCCCCGACCCCCCCACCCCCACCCCCAAGAAGGACUGUAAGAUUUGGUAUCAGUAUAUCAUUGAAUGUUAAGGUAUCAGAACAGAUCCUCUUGUUGGAGAUCUUUUAAGCAGCUUUUACUAUUCUGUGAAUACUAACUUGAACUAUUUUUUCAAACGUGUAUUAUUGUACAGAACUUUAAUGCUGUACAGUUUUGGUCAUCUUAUCUUGUAAAGGAUAUGCUUGGCUGGAUGGCACUGAAAUUUAAAAAAUCAACUGUAAUUUUUGGGAUAAGAUGGAUGUCCAGUGAAGCAAGUUUGUGAACCUAUAUUCUCUGGGGUUCAGAAGAGUGGAGCUGAUCACAUUGAAAUGUUUAAGCAAAGGGAUUGCUUUAGACCUGAGAUGCUGGAACUAAACCUAUGGUCCUGGGAUAAAGGAUCAAACGUUGAGGAUUUUGAAACAAGGAAGUUUUGUCUCCAGAUGUUAGUGAUUUUUUAGAAUUUUGUGAGGCUGUGCUUGUUCAAUCAUUAAAGAUGUUUUUAAUUUCAGAGAAUUAAGGGAUAUAGCGAUAGGGUGUGAAAGUUGAGUCACUUAAUUACUGACUAUUCAUAAAAUAGGCUCAAGGAUCUAUGGAAUUACCCUCCUAUUUCUAAUGGAUAAUGUACUUGUUGAAGGGUUAAACAAAUUAAAUGAUAUUUAAUUUACCAAGAUAAUCUUUAAUCUAGAGCAAUAAAACUUCAAAAUGGUUCUGCAUAGUUUAAGUAAUUUUCAGUCAAUUUAACACAGAUGUUUUACAGGUAAAGGAUCAGACAAUCAUGUUUACUCUUUGUGAUUAACCAUUUAUGCUCAAUAAAUGCAGCAGUUACUGAUU